UCCCAGCAUGCGUUGAUGACAUCACGAAGUACCCCUUCUUUGUGUGUCAGUGAUGUCACCAAGUGCAGUGUGGGGGACAAUGGAAUCCUGAACUCCGGGCGAGGGCGAGUGGGAAGCGGCUGCUCCUGCUGCUGGUUCAGGGCUGAGCCGGGGGAGGGAAAGGAAGACACAGCUGCUGCUUUAGGGCUGAAACAGGUGAGAAGUUACUGCUACUGCAGGAGGGACAAAGCAGCGAGAGAGACACGAGUGGCCAGGCCCAGCCGCACCGAGGAGGAGCAGCCAGGCACAAAGGGAGAGGUUGGGGUGUGUGGUGGGGGGGUCGCUAUGUCGGAUGACGAUUCGAGGGCCAGCACCAGCUCCUCCUCAUCUUCAUCCUCCAACCAACAGACAGAGAAAGAGACAAGCACGCCUAAGAAGAAGGAGAGCAAAGUCAGCAUGAGUAAAAACUCUAAGCUGCUAUCUACCAGUGCCAAGAGGAUUCAGAAGGAAUUGGCUGACAUCACCUUAGAUCCACCUCCCAACUGCAGCGCUGGCCCCAAAGGUGAUAACAUCUACGAAUGGAGAUCAACCAUUCUAGGACCUCCAGGCUCAGUCUAUGAGGGAGGCGUUUUCUUCCUUGACAUCACAUUUACACCAGAAUAUCCUUUCAAGCCUCCAAAGGUAACGUUUCGGACAAGAAUCUACCACUGUAAUAUUAACAGCCAAGGCGUCAUCUGCCUGGACAUUUUAAAAGACAACUGGAGUCCAGCAUUAACUAUUUCUAAAGUUCUCCUCUCCAUCUGCUCCCUCCUCACAGACUGCAACCCGGCUGACCCCCUGGUUGGAAGUAUUGCCACUCAGUAUAUGACUAACAGAGCAGAGCAUGACAGAAUGGCCAGACAAUGGACCAAAAGAUACGCUACAUAAAUCGGAUUUUCGUCAAACUCUUACAUUAUUCGUCUGUGAUGGAAAGAGCUGCUUAUGAUUUUGAAGGGGUGGGGGGAGGGAGGGUGCUGGUAAAGAAUAGGGUAUUUCUAUAACAGAUUUUAUUCAGUCUUUUAUUUCUUAAGAUUUUGUUGUUGUAACUUAAGGUAUCUUGCUACAGUAGACAACUAGGAUUGGGAAUAGCGUAUUUUAAGACUGUAAUUAGUUCAGCAAUAUUAGCUCACAUAUAGUACCGAGAAGAAUGUAAACCUCUUAGACUUCUUUGGUUUCCAGUUUGCUUGCAAUAUGUAAAAGAUUAAAACAGCUUAAUUUUGUACAGGUACAUAUGUUGACAUUUAUGUAAAAGUACUUUCAAGACUCUA